UUAGAUGGAGGACUGGGAAGAUGAGAAAGUUUCAGCUCUCCCUGCUAAGGACCAACCAAUACAUAAAUGGGAUGACGAAGAUGUGGAUGAAAAUGAUAGUACGGAGUCAUGGGAGGAUUUAGAUGAACCUGCUCCUCUGGCAUCACAUCAUCAGUUAACUGUUCACACAGGCAUCACAUCAUUCAGUUAACGGAAGUUAUGACGGAGAACUACGGAUGUAUGAAAGUGUUCUAAAAUUAUGACUUUAGGUGCUAGACUGGGACAAAAAAAACUUGAUGUAUGAAAUGUUGAAAACCAAAAAACUUUAGAAUAGUAAAUUGAGAUUAACCCUUUUUACUAAUUAAACCCUAAAAAUCAAAAUCUACCUUGUCUUUGAAUGAAAUUUCAAUUCCUUUUUUGCAGGUGGAUAGCCAUCCAAAGUAAAGUUUAAAACUUUGAGCUGCAGUGUUUUGUCAAUUUUCAAAUAUUAGUUUAAUCUUAUAAAGUCCAUAAACCCUAAGAAAUGAAAUUAUUCCGUUCCAUGUUUAUUCUGGUUCACAUAAUCAGUGACUUACGUGUUACUUGGUGGUAAGUGAAGCCUCCAAUCAUCCCGGCAAGUGCAACAAGGUCUACUAGUGGUAGCUAGGUUUAAGCUAGAAUAUGGAGGAGACGUGGCAGAUAGUCCACAUCCCCGACAACCCCCCAUUCCCUCCCGACCAACAACCUACCGUCGAUGCAAUUGCUUCACUUAUAGACCCUUUAUUUGCCAAUACUCUCGUAAGGCGUUUGAACCAAAUUGCACCGCUGGAAAAUCUUCGGCACAUCAAGCGGGUGCACAAGAAAUUUGUUCAAGGAGGAAAAACUCAGUUGUCUGUGAUACUAUGUCUAGCUUCUCAAAAUGGUAAUCAGUUGGACAGCAUUCAGAAUGAUGUACAGGAGCUGAUGAAUUCCUACCAGUUGAGUCCUUUUAUCACAAAAGUCUGCAAGUAUGCUGCAUCAUCAAAAGAAGAGUGGGAAGAACAAUGCAAGUUAUGGCCAACAUCUUAUCAUCCCCCAACUUAUAAUAUUGAAGGCAUUACUGGAUUCAGUCAAGAGGACUCACAAUCAGUCUUCAGCUUCAUGAAGUAUGCUAUUCAGUUGGCAAAGUCUGGUGAUAAUUUGGAAGUCAACGCUGCAGUUAUAGUGGAUCCUUCUGUUAAACAGGUUAUUGCGAAAGCAUGUGAUCAAACUUGUUCUUGCUAUAAUCCCAAAAACAAGAUCACCCUUGAAACCAGCUGCAUUGAAAAGCUGGAAACUUCUGUUUGCCAUGGCAUUUCAGGUGGUGCAUUGAGCCGUAAAGAGCAUUCAAAUGGCUUUCCAGCUAAAUCAGAACAGUUGUACACCGGCGUUUCUUGUUUAUGUCCUUGGGGAUGGGCUGAGCAAGAAUCAGACAUGAGUUUGCGUUAUUGCCACCCUUUACGCCACGCUUCCAUUGUUGCUAUUGAGUCUUCUGCUGCCAGGGACAGGCUUCUUUUCCCCAGUUCGGGAAAAACACAAGAUAAGUCAUUUGAAAUGGACCGCAUGCAGUCUUGUUCAGCAGCCUCUCUGGCAAAGAGACAAAAGACCAACCCCACAAAUAUUCAGGUUAAUGGUGAAGACAAUCUGGACUUGAAUGGUGAAGGUUGCAGCAGAUCGCUAUCAGCGAGGCCUUAUCUAUGCACAGGUUUUGACAUGUACCUUGUUUGGGAGCCGUGCAUAAUGUGUGCAAUGGCACUUGUGCAUCAGAGGAUCAGGCGGAUAUUCUAUGCAUAUCCAAACCCAAAAGCAGGAGCAUUGGGAAGUGUCCACAGACUGCAAGGCCAAAGAAGCUUGAAUCAUCACUAUGCUGUUUUCAGGGUCUUUGUGGGGACGGACAUUUGAAGCUUCAAUUCCCCCGCUUUAGCACUUCACUCUCAGCAUCGAGCCGUCUUUAAGCAACUCGGGGAGUUUGUGUCGUAUAUCUGGUUGGAUUGCAUACGACUGUCCCAGCCUGUGGUCGUCGACGGAAUAUGAUGCAAUAUAGUCAAAAGGCUGGAGAGGGGCCCGUGCUGCCCUUUCAGCCCAGCAUACGUCACUUUCCGCAGAUGAUGUUCCUUAAGGUAGGUCUCCUAAGAAUCUGGCUUUCCAAAGACGAAACUCUUGGGCGGGAACUCCAAGCCCUAAAUUCUGGAUUGGAUUGGAUUGGAUUGGAUGGGGGCUCUGAUCUUUUUCUUAUUUUGAAAAUAUGAAUUUCAUUCCAUGAAGAAGAGCAUACGGCUGAUGGAGGCUCUUAAAUAUUCAAUUUAUAGUUUGGUGGGGUCCCGCUCUAGUCUCUAUUGAAAAUUAACAUUUCUCU